AGCAAACGAUUGUUGUAUUCCCCCGCCUACAUCGCUCACAUAGAAUAUAGUUGUUUUAAAGAAAUCCGCGGUGCCCGUGUAAACGUUAUCAGAAUAAAGCGCGUGUCUUCUUGCAUUUCGCAUCUCCCCCACACAGCUUCACUGCCCACGGCCUUUCUUUUUCCUCCUGUUUCCGCAUCCACUCGUCUUCGCUUCUCGUUCUUUGCCAACUUUCUUCCAGCGGACGCAGUUGUUGUGUUUUAUAAAAUGGAUUUCCUCGACGACGUCAUCUUCCACCCCAUCGCGGCGUUCGCCAAGAACAGUCGCAUGCUGGUGCGCAAGUGCCAGAAGCCGAAUUACAACGAGUUCACCACAUCCGCCAUCGCGGCGCUGAUCGGCUUUCUGAUUAUGGGCUUCUUAGGCUUCUUUGUUAAGCUGGUGUUCAUCCCCAUCAACAACGUGAUUCUCGGCGCGUAA